AAAAUGAAACCCUCCUGGCUGGGGCUGACGCUUGCCGUGGUGUUGCUUUUUGCUGCCACGCGCUCUGCUUCCGCCACCAAGCUUAACUAUCCGCGUGUUUUACUGCCCAUCUUCGACCACAUUUCCGUGAACUUCACGCUUGAGGUCGUCGAGAAGGGAUGCUUCAAGUGGACUUCGUCACGACUCGAUCUAAUCCAAAUCACACCUUCCUAUGACGACGUCGACGAGGAUUGCUCCUACCGUGUGGUGGUGACAGUCAUCAACAAGGAAAAGCGACGCAACACUGCCAUCGUGCUUGCGGAGGAUCUAGUAACCGGCGAAGUACUUCGAUGCGAUGUGAUUCUGGAUGUGAUCGAUCAGCUUGGUGUGCUUACGACUACCCGGGAACUUUAUCUUGAGGAAGCACCAGAAACUUUCGAACUGUGGGCGCAAGAUGCGCAAGGCAAUGCGUUUACCACGCUGGAGGGAAUAGAGUUCCACUGGCAGAUAGCAUCCCAUCGGUCGCACGAUUCACGUCACGGUGGUGCUGGCGAUAGUAGUUGGAGUCAGGUGUUACGGUUUCUUACCUUCUCCGAGAGCAAAUUCCAUGUGGUACCGCGAGCAAUCGAACGGCUUGAAGCGGCUGGUGUGCAAGGGUACAUGGUGCUGCUGGAGGGCAUAAACACCGGAUCAGCCCGGGUGACGGCAAGAUUACCGCACGCCGAAUACUCUAACGUCCCACCGGUAGACGUAAACAUAAUGGUGCUGGCCAAUCUUAUAUUGAACCCGAGCGAUGUGUACAUUCUGCCCGGAGACACCAUCGAAUUUAAGGUGCUCCAGCUGAAGCAGGGGAAGCUACACGAAAUUGCCCUGAACAGUCAGUACUAUCUGGAGAUCGAACAUGAAACGUUCGCCAGUAUGAGUGGAAAUGCUGCGAAGGGUCUGCAGGUUGGCCGAACGUUCGUGCUGCUGCGCGACCGCAACGUGCCGCAUGAAACGAACGCCGCCGUGAGUGAUGAGGCAAACUCGAAGGCAACACUUCCGAAAGCAAGUCUCACGGUGGUGGAUCCGAUGAAGCUAACGAUUAAUCUUCUACCACACUAUAAUUGGGUUACGGUCGAGGGAGAGAGUCACGAGAUUGCGCUGAAUCUGUUCACGCACGAUGACCAUCAAAUUACGCUCGGCGCAAAGUACAAGAUCCAGUCCACGUUCGAUGAGUCCCUCUUCUAUCCGCUCCGUGUCACCUCGAAUGGAAGUAGCAUUUUUGGUGAAACGAUUGCCACCGGUAGCAGUCCAGUAACGGGCAAGUUUGAAAAGCUUUCGGCCAAAGCGGAAAUGGUUGUGUACAAACGAUUGGCAAUUAAUCCACCGGAAGUGAUCCUACCGUUUGAUCCAAACCUUCGCCGACAGAAGCUCCAGUUCAGUGCUACCGGAGGUGAUGGAUCUUACAGCUGGACUUCACAGGAUGGGAACGUCGUGGCCAUUUCACAGACCGGAUUAGCCGAGGCUCGUUUAGAUCAAAUCAAAGGUGUUGCCGAUUUGGCCACCGAAACCGAGCUGGCCAAAGUUACCCAGAUUAAGGUGGCAAUGUCCCGGAAUGUGAGGAUUUACGUGACGGCACAGGUGAUGUUUCUACCCCCGAUAAAGCUGGAAGUGGUGCGUUACAACUUCGAAACCGUGCUGAAGGAUUACGUUCGAUUGCACGUAGGAUUGUGGGCACGGUACAACGGUACACUGAAACCAUUUACUUCCUGCGACAAUCUGCACUUUGAGCUGGAGUUUAGCAAUCCCAUCUUUAUGACGGAAACGUUUAGCACGGUUGGUGAAGAAAACGAAGAUCCGUUGGCUAAUGGAGCUUGUCGGAUAAUGUACCUGCGGUCGACCAUGGUUGGGCAGACAAAUUUGAAGAUCACGUAUCGUUACUUCGACAAGCUGCUGAGCGAUCACGUCAGUUUGAACGUGUUCGAGCAGCUAGCGAUUGAGAAUCCGGUUGAGAAUGAGGUUGUACUACCGAUCGGUGCAUCGCGCAAUCUAUUCUACUACAACGGACCGGAGCACAUUUUCAACUCGGAGGCGGAACUGCAGCGUCAGCUGGUGUACGACCGGAAAGCGCUCGAUGUAACCGAGAUGGGCAGCGGAUUCUCCAACGAUAAGCACAUCCUACGGGCGCUCUGCAAAAAGCUGGGUGACUACGAGCUAAAGCUGGAGGUAUUUAACACACUGAACGCACCGAACGUGGUACCGUACGUGACCGAGUUCGUGACGAAGGUGUACUGUGUGAAACCACGCUUCGUCAAUCUCAUCACGACGGAUAAGGUAAAAACGGGGUGCCCGCUCGAGCGUCGUAACUCAAUGAUGCACGUCAAAGCGGCAGAUAACGCGGAACAGAUGAUGAUCGACAUUGAGGUGCUGGAUGUGCAGAAUCGUAAGCUGGCAAACAUUUCUUCGCUUCUGUUAGAAUGGAAGUUUGCAUCGGUGGAUACGCAAACGGUUUCCGGUUCGACGACGGGCCCUGGUGAAACAGCACUAGUGAUGAAUUAUGAUUACAAGUCGGAAGUGGAACGUUUGGAAGGUGUCGAAAUUCCGGGACGAGAUUAUUUGCUGCUAAAUCUGCCACGUGAGUUGGAAGCGAGCUUGAAGGUUAAGACGAUCGUAACGGAUUAUCGGGCGGAUGUACUGAAACGGUACGCGAUUAAACCGGAAAGUCCACCGUUUGGUGUGCAGAAAAAGGCCGGAUCUCCACUCGUGAAACCGGUGAUUGAGAAUGAGCUUAACUUCGUGUCGGUGAAUCGCACACUGCUGCCGUACGAUCGGUUGACGCUCUUCCUUACCGCUGAUUCGGUGGAACGCAUUAAGGUGGCCCAGGGUAGUGGAUUUUACGACAUUAAAGCGUCUGAGGCGGGCAUCGUGUCGGUCCAAUUCGAUGGCACUACGCGGCAGAUAGUCAUUGCUCCACGAAAGGUCGGCGAGGUAAAGCUGGAAAUAACGGACCAAUGUCUCAGUACGGAAUCGAGCUUCCUGCACGUGUCGGUUGUGACGGUGGGACGAAUUACCGUACUAUCGCCGGAUCGUGUCGAGAAAACGAAACAGAUUGAAGCGAUCGUACGGUUGUACGAUAGUAACGAUCGGUUGCUGGAGAUUAAGCGCGAUCGGUUGGAAUUGUAUGAUCUUCGAACGGAGGUGUACAAUCCUACCGUGCUGAAUCUAGCGCUCGGCAGUCAAUCGCAGCUGGGCGUUGGAGAGAUUCGCUACCACGUGACCGGUAUGGAGCUGGGUGAAACAAAGUUCAGCGUUAGCUCUGGAAGCGGGAAGGAAAGGGUUACAAGUGCACCGGCAACAGUUCAGGUGUUUCCGCCAUUGAUGCUACUACCACGCAAUGCGACGAUCCUCGUAGGUAGUACGCUACAAAUUUAUAGCAAAGGAGGUCCAACACCGGACACCAAUAUCAUUUACAGUGUACAAAAUGUGGACAUUAUUGAUGUUGAAUCAAACUAUGCUAGCGGACUUAAAAUCGGUCGUUCGAAAGUUACGGGUCGAUGCGUUGGCGUUAAUCCCACCACCGGAACACAGAUCGUCUUUUCCGAGGACACCAUCACCAUACAGGUGAUUCCGCUGGAUGCGAUCGAGUUGCGGACACCGUUGAAGCGCAUUCAGGCGGGCGCUACAAUGCCUGCGUACGUGUGGGCAGUGCCGAACAUCUCGCCACUAGUGCUCGGUACGGUGGAGAACGUACAGAUCCGUUGGUCUACUGAUCAUACCGAUGUGCUAGAUGUGCGCGGCGUGUUCCAGGAUGUCGCGGUCGAGUAUCUGGCCCGUGAUGCGAUUGCAAUGCGCGUCAAGGCAUUGGCUCCCGGUAGAGCGACUCUGCACGUGACGCUCGUAACACCGAACGGGUUGAAGCUGACCGCCAAAUCGGACGUGACGGUGUUCCGAAUGUUGGAAUUGGUGGCUCCGAAAGCGAUCCGUUACGAUUCCAUUCUCCUGCCACCGAAAGCUACGAUUCAGCUAAAGUCAAAUCUGGACGAUGCUGUGUAUCACCUGGACAGCGAAACUUCAUCCGGCGGUGUGCUUCAAGUCACGCGCGAUGGAUUGGUAAAGAGCGGUGAAACCACCGGACGCGUACAGGUGAUUGCAUCCUCCCAGGACCAGUCGCUUACGAUACCGCUGGAGGUAAAGCAGGUGCAUUACAUUAUGGCCUCUCUGCAACCGGGAACAGUUAAGUUGAGACGCAUCGAAAAUAGUAUCCCGCAAGGAUUCAGUUUUUCCCUGAAGGUGUCACUACACGACAGUCUCGGCAAUGAAUUUUCCCACGGAUUGGAGGACGUGUCGGCCCUGAAGCAUAAACUUUCCAAGCGCGGUAACGUGCUGAUCACCACCGGCAGUAAUUAUAGUGUGGCACUCCAGCUGAUACGCGAAACUUCCGACAUGAUGGUGGUGGCCUUGCGCGAUCAGACAGGUGUAAAGUUUGGUGAAGAUUUCCUUAAGCUGGUCGUAGGCGAAGAAUCGGGUGGGUUGGUAUUCCCUGGCCGAGGUGUCUUUGCUGUCGGAGAUGUCGUAUGCUUCAGUUCGCCACUGGUCAGUGCGGAUGCGCGUUGGAGCAGUUCGGAUGAGUCGUUGGUGAAGAUAGACCCGAAAACCGGUGUCGCCCAAAUACUCGGCAGUUCUUCAGCCACGAGUGGCACAAGUACUGAAGAUGUGGUAACAAUUCGUCACGGUGAUCGUCGCCACGGUGGUAUUUCAUUUAACGUGGAUGUACUGGAAGCGGAUCGGAUUGAGUUCUUCAAAAGCUAUGACAUCUUCAACGGGAAUUCGUACCGGGGACACUUGGUGAUUAAGAAUCAUAUGCAGGUAGACAAGCUGGUUAACGUGAUUGCGAUGAAUGUAUCCACCUGUCGGGAGCAAGUCGAACGAUCGUUCGGUGGACUGUUCGCGUGUAAGCUAGUAGUACGCCAAGGAGCUCCUGAUCUGUUGAAGCAUUUCAAAGUGUUACCUGGGUACGAUCCAACGAUCGGUGCGUACAGCUGCAACAUACAGCUUGUGACCACACUGGACGAUGUCGCGAAUGUGAUCAAGACGAACGAGUACACGCUGGAGCUGGAGGUGCGUCUUCUCUCCUCCGGACUGGCCGAUACGUCCACGCUGAAGAUGGUACCAGCGGUGCGCAUCGAACCGGAAGCAAUCGCGGUGGAUCAAAUCAACAAGCAAAGCCUCAUGAUCGCAGGGCUUGAUCGGAUAUUGCAGAAGGUUGAGGUGACCUCAUCCGAUCCGGCCGCGCUAGCCAUUCGCCAACAGCAAAAGCAACCGGGAAUGCUCGAGUACCGGCUCGAACUGCUAGCAAACUACAAAGAUGAAUGGGCCGACAGUUUGGCGGUGCUGGUUAACUCACCACUUACGUUGCAGAAUGUUAGGGUACCGAUCAAUUCACCAAUGGCUCCCAGAAAGUGUGCCACACAACCAUUCACCAGCACGCCCGAUUUGUUGGUAAAUUAUGUGAGCAACUUUGGUCUACUCAUUUCCGCUGUGACGGUGCUCGCAGCGACAGUUUGGGUCAUUGUGUUCUGCUUUCCCCAGCGACAGAAGACGGUCGUGAACGGAAAUGUACACUCGCCAUUUAAAAAUGAGCACAAUUUAUCAUCCUAUGAUAAUAGGAUAAGCGGCGGUCCAUUUGCUAGUCCAUUAGAGAAGCGCGGCAGUAAUCUACAGUCAUCGUCACCAUUCGCCGGCGGUAGCACCGGGCAUAGCUUUAGCAGUUCUCAAGGCAAUCUAAGUCAUGAUUUCAACACAAGCGGUACCUCGCACGGCUCACCGAUCUACGGUGAUGCGACCAUAAUAUCGCCCCAAAAACGGGUAAACCGACGUUACAUGUAA